ACCGGAAGAGGAAGUAGUGCACAUUGAUACAUAUCAUUCGCAUGUUAGAUACAUUGCAAUAUUUCAAUUUAAACGAUGAGAACUUUCUUGUAUAAAUUAAUUUUACACUUGAAUUAUACUAUUGUGUCUUUUGUAAUGGAUUAAAGUUAUUUAACGUUGUAAGUGAAGGUCAAACAGAAGUGAUAUAGGAAACUCAUGAUAAGCUAACGAUUUACAUAAGUCAUGUCUACUUCACUUUUGGUAGCAGCUAUAGACUUCGGGACAACGUUUUCAAGUUGGGGAUUCUCAUUUAAGCAUGAAUUUGAUUUGGAACCAACUAAGGUUACAGCAAAACACUGGGCAGGACUGCAGUCUGCUGUAUCUUUAAAAGGACCCACGACAAUAUUGAUCAAACCUGACGGGCAAACUAUAGAUUCUUUCGGAUUUGAUGCUGAAACUAAGUAUGCCGAACUCGCAGACGAACAACAACACAAAGAAUGGUACUUUUUCAAGACGUUCAAGAUGCAACUUUUUGGCAAAAUUGGACUUCAGAGAGAUUUUACAAUAGAAGACGCUACGGGUAAAUCUCUUCAGGCGAAAAACGUUUUCUCACUGUCAAUAAGAUACCUAAAAGAUGACCUGCUAGAUAUGGUAAAGAGACAGGUUCUUGACGAAUAUUUAACGGAAAGUGACAUUCACUGGGUAUUGACAGUGCCUGCCAUAUGGAAUGAUGCAGCUAAACAGUUUAUGAGAGAAGCUGCCGAAGAGGCAGGAAUAAAGAAAGAACAUCUGAUGAUUGCACUUGAGCCCGAGGCUGCCUCUCUCUAUUGUAGAUUACUUCCAACGGCACGAAACCAGGACUCCCUCGUAAAAUUACAACCAGGAAGCAAGUAUCUCAUACUAGAUGCUGGAGGGGGAACAGUAGAUAUAACAGUUCAUGAAAUUACGCAACAUCAUGACCUUAAGGAAAUCUACAAAGCAAAUGGCGGUGACUGGGGUGGCACAAACGUUGACCAAGCAUUCGAAGAAUUCCUUUCUGAAAUUACAGGUACGGGUGUAAUGGACAGUUUUAAAGAAAAAAUCAUAGAAGAGUACCUUGAUCUAAUGAGGGGGUUUGAGGUAAAGAAAAGAGAGAUUCGAGCUGAUAAACAGAUGGUCAUGAAAAUACCCGUAGCAUUAUUUGACCUGGCAGAAGAGCUGACGGGGAAAAGGGUUAGUAAUACACUAUCCAAUUCGAGAUACCAGGGAAAGGUGCAACUGACCGGAGACAAACUUAAACUUCAUCCAGACGUAUUGGCAGAAUUUUUCAAACAUUCUUUGCAAAAUAUAACUGAUCAUCUCGAAACACUCUUUGAAAAGCCGGAGGUAGAAGACUGCGAAGCUUUACUGAUGGUAGGAGGUUACUCCGAGUCGCAUGUUUUACAACACAGCAUCAAAAAUAAGUUUCCCACAAAGAAAAUUGUUGUACCAGCUGAUGCAGGGCUUGCUGUGCUGAAAGGUGCGGUAAUAUUUGGACAUAAUCCAACUCUUAUUGCACAGCGUGUUUGCAAAUACACAUAUGGCAAUCAAGUUGCACAUGAAUACAGCCAGAGCUGCAGUCACAAACCUAGCAGAAAAUUAUAUGAAAAUGGCAUAUGCCACUGUAAUGAUAUAUUCUAUGCGCAUGUUCGUGCUGGAGACGUCAUAAAACUUGGUUCUGAGCAAGAUGAACAAACUUUUUGUCCAAUUUACCCGUUACAAACUAGUAUAUGGUUUGACCUUUAUUGUACAGAAAAACGUUAUCCUGAGCUGGUAACAGACCCGGGUUGCGUGAAGUUAGGAAGUGUUACAAUUCCAAUGUCAGAUACAACAGGUGGCUGUACUCGAAUGGUCGGAGUGAGUUUUCUGUUUGAUGGAACAGAAAUAGAAGUCAAGGCAAGAGAUGUAACGAAAGGUACAGAAAGAAAAGUGACAGUUACGUUCAUGGGGUAAUGACUGUUGCAAACGGUAGACUUGAAAAUGACCUUGACGGGUCAUUUACUUUUGUUAACAGUCAAGGACCAAGUACCAUAGAUUAUUUGCUAUUAAAUGACCAACACUUUUAUGGCAUUGAUAACUUCCAUGUCGAACCAUUAUGUGAUGGUCAGAUCAUUGUGCAUUGGCAUUUACCAUUUUAUGUAAUUAUGUCACACAAGCUGAAAAAUCUCCUUAUGAUAAAACGACUAUUAAAAUCGUCAGAGGAUACCAAAGCUGCCUUUAGGAGAAAUCUAAGAGCGCCGAUUUUAAAUAAUGUUGUUAUAAUGAAUAAUAGAAGUAUAGUGACAACGAAACUAUAAACUGCUGUAUUAACCGAUUUACAGGGGUAAUAAAUGAUUCUGCAAAGCCACUAUUCUGUAAGGUAACUACUGUCGACCCAUAUAAAUAUACAAAAAGAGUGAACGUUUUGAUAACGAUUGCCGUCAAGAAAAAUGUUCAUAUUUUGAUGCUCUUACAUUAUUUAAUAGAAUCAAAACAGAUGAAAACAGGUUAAAUAUGCUUAAGCUGAAAUCGGUUUAGUCAAAACGGUGAGAAAAAGUUUGAAUAUGGAAAAGUAAAAGAAUUAGAAAAAUUACGUCAUUCAAAACCAAAGGAUAUUUGGAGACUGUUUCGCAAAAUUAACAAGAAAUCAAACAGUUCCAUUUCUGUAGAUGAUUUUUAAAAAUAUUUUCAGGAUUACAAAAUGAUAUGCAACAUGUUGUUAAUAAUGAAGCUGAGCACUUUUAUUCGGAAACUAAUUUCGAAGAUAAUGUCUGUAGAUUUGAGGAAUUAGAUAGUCCAAUUACUGUAUUGAAGUUGUAUAUGUUAUUAAAAGUUUAAAGAGAAGUAAGAUCAUCUUGGUAAUGAUAAUCUGAUACACUGCCAUCGCAUUUAGUUGAUAUAUUUAAUAUUGUAUUGAAUUCUGGACAUUUUCCUGUGGAGUGGUCGAGGGGUAUAAUUGUGUCUGUAUUUAAAAAGAACGAUUCAUGCAAUGUUCAGAAUUACAGAGGCGUGACGCUUGUGAGUUGUUUACCAAAAAUACUCACUGGAAUUUCAAAUAAGCGAGUUAGCAACUGGGUAGUAAAUAAUAAUAUUUUAAGCGAUGCGCAGUUCGGAUUUCGCAAGAGUCGCCCCGUAUUGUUGUAUGAUAGAUAUGAAAAGGGCAUUUGACUCUGUAUAUUUAAAUGGUCUUUGGACAAAGUUGUUUAAAUUAGGCAUUGAUGGAAAAUUACUAAAAUUGUUAGAGAAAUGUAUUCGCAAGUAAAGGAUUGUGUUAAAGGUUGAAACUGCUAUUCUGGAUAUUUUGAAUGUGCUGUAGGAUUAAAACAAGGGGAGGUAAUGUCCCCUUUGCUAUUUUCAUUAAUAUUUGUUGGUGAUCUUGAACUAUUUUUACAACAAAACCCUGACAGUAGCUUAAGCUUAGAUGUUAUCACAUUUAUGCUUAUUUUAUUUGCAGAUGACGUGGUUAUUUUAGGAGAUAUUGUGGUCAAAAUGAUUUACAAAAUAAUCUAGAACUUUUAAUAAAUCAAUAAAUGGGGACUUGAAGUAAAUACUCUAAAGACAAAGAUUAUGGUUUUUAGAAAGCGAUGUCCAGUUAAAAAAUAUUGAAAAGUGGUAUUACAACAAUCAGGGACUGGAUAUUGUUGAUAAUUUCAAUUACCUUGGGAUAGUUUUAAUUACAAGGGUACAAGAAACCUUUGCGUAAAGGGCUUAAAGCUUUAAAUGUUUUAAAGCUGCGUUCCACAAUCAAAUUAAAUUAUGUUAUAGGAAAAAAAUCUACUUGUACGUGGUCAAAUAAUUCUGGUUUCAAAAGUGAAACAUUGAUAAUUGUUAAAUUCAGCGUACUUGAAAUAUUUCAAUGGUAAACUAUUUACUGUCGUCGAUAACACUUAGGUGGAAGGGGAGCAGUUUCGAAUUAUGGCCCCGGUCGAUUUUUUAAAUAUUUAGGGUAGCUUUGUUCAAAUUGUAUUAAUAUUAAUGUUUUAAUUAUUGAAAGUUUAUUCUGAAAGAAAUCAAUGUUUACAUGCAUGAAGCUAUAAAUAGCAGAUGCGAAUAUUUUGCUACACCUAGAUCCAUAAAUUUUGUGAGUCAUUAUUUAUGGAGGCAUAUUUGAACGAAUCAGGUGUUUUCUACAGCAAAAUGGACAGCAAGUAUCUUAGACCUGCCAAGGAACAUUUUUUAAAUUCUAUAUAUGUAUUUUGACCUGUCAAGGAACAUUUUUUAAAUUCUAUAUAUAUCUAACAUUUAAAAUAUGUGCUAUAAUUUGUUCAGAUAGAGAGUCUAGUCAUUUAAAUGUUUGUUUUUACAUGUGCUUUAAAGAAUUUUAGUAUAGUCUAGUCAUAUCCUAGUCAUUUUAAUGUUUCACGGUAAUUCAGAAUAAUUCUCAUUUUUCCUGUGUCACACCAUACUACAUCUCAAGGACCACAAUGGAAAUAAGUGUUUAUUAAAACUCUUUUUUGUGUUAUCCUUGACAUGUAAUGCGGAUUGACAUGGCUAUAUUAAUUCAUACGUUGUUUGUUGUAUGUAUUGAUGUCAUACUUGCCAUGUAAUUGAACAUUUUAUGUUGAAAUAAAUCUAUCUAUCUAUCUAUCUAUCUAUCUAUUCUCCUGAAACUUGGUGGUUGACAGACACUUUGCUUAGCAGGACUUUAAUUGUAUGAAAGUUUACAAACGAGUGAAUGGCAUGUGUUGAAAGUAAGGAAAAAAUGCUCAAAUUUUCUUGAUUUUAAUAGGGGUUAGUGGUAGGCUGUAAUGUGUACUCUUUUGAAAGUUGACCACAUGGAUUAAAAUUAAUGCUUUCAUUUUGAAGCUUACCUUAGUGCCAUAUCACAAUGUAAAGCAGAAGUACUUUUUUUGUACUGAUAACUUAUAAAGAAAAAUUGUUGCGAAUCGUGGACUUGCUUAAAAUCUAGCAAAAACACUUAAGGUGGCACUGGGGAGCAGUUUCGAAUUAUGACCCCGGUCGAAUUUUUAAAUAUUUAGGGUAGCUUUGUUCAAAGUGUAUUAAUAUUAAUGUUUUAAUUGUUAAAAAGUUAUUCUAAAAGAAAUCAAUGUGUACACGCAUGAAGCUAUAAAUAGCAGAUGCGAAUAUUUUGCUACACCUAGAUCCAUAAAUUUCGUGAGUCAUUAUUUAUGAAGGCAGAUUUGAAAGAAUUAGGUUUUUUCUUCAGCAAAAUGGACAGUGAGAGUCUUUGACCUGCUUUUUCUCCUGCAAUUUGGUGGUUGACAGACACUUUGCUUAAGCACCGUUAACCUCGGCGCAUGCGCUUACAUAAUUCAUCAUUCAGCGGCGUCAGUAUCAUAUUUCAGACUUUUUCACACAAUAUGGAAAACAGUUUGUGCUACGUAAACCAAGACAUACAUACUACGGUCAAUUUAUCUGACCGAAAUCUCUGAACUACUGCUCAAAGUCGCCUAUGAUGAUUGUUUACAUCCGGGUAUUUUUUGACGUACUGAAAAUUCUGGAAAGUCUGAAACCAUAAAGAAAAUAUAGACAAAUGAUAAGAUUGCUUGCGGUUCUAUGGAAAUUAGCUUUAAUGAAAAAUGUUAAAGGUUUAAGUUUAAAAUCCAGUGUUAUAUGUUAGUUAUAUGAUGCUUUUGUUGGUUCUACUCUUAGUUAUGGUUGUGAUAUCUGGGGGUUUUGAAAAUCUGAAAUUGAACGUACUAAUUCACCUUAAGUUCUGCAAAUCUUUAUUGAAUGUUAAAACACCGACAAGCAAUAUAGGUGUAUAUGGAGAACUAGGGCGAUACCCUUUAUAUAUAAAUAUAUAUACUAUGUACGAAUAAUCAAAUACUGGGGUAAAUUGUUUCAUCUACCAGUAUAUUAUUAGUUAAAUUGUAUGAAUGUUUUCUUGUUAGUAAAAUUAAUAAAAACAAUUGGGCUUAUCAGGUGAAAUGUCCUUUAGAUGAUUUUGGCUUUUCCUACGUAUGGAACACAAGGGCAAGACCAUUCUACCUUAUUGACAUUCCAUAUACCCACGUUUAAGUGCCCAGGGGGCGUAACAUUUUGCGUUUAUUUCUGUACCAAAAUACAAAAAAAAACUAGAAUUUUGGAAAAGAACUAUGUAGUUUUCUACUACCUAAAAAUGUCUAGUCCGCUAUUUCCAAAGUAUUUACACUAGCAUACAUGUAAGUUGUUAAAUCCUACAACAAAGUAAAUCCGUUACCACUUUCAGUUGAGUAAAUACGGCAAUUAAGAGUAAAUAUGGCAAUUAAGAAACACUGGCUACAUUGACCCGGUCAAUCAAUGUUCACGUGUAGUAUACCAUUCGAUGCCUGAAUUUGUUGCGCACACUUAGAGGGUCGCAAUGGGGUUUGUUUUCACAUCUUGACCAUGUAUUCGAAGGUAACGACAUAUGUUAACCUUUGUGACAAAUAAGAUGUUUGGCAUGUUUCAAUAAACCCUUUUCCAUCCUCGGGUUUAGUAAUACAUGUAUGUAAUCCGUGGAGCGCGUUCAGUCAGAGUCGCUUCAAUUAGGAAAGAAUGAUUUUAACGUCAGAGGUUAUUUCUAAGGUCACGGAGUUUGAUUGGCCAGCUUUCUAGGUCAGCUGCUCAGUCAAGUGUGACUUACCAACUUCUGAAGAGAAGGAACAAUUAUCAGUGUUGCAUUUGAACCCUCUGUAUUGUUUUGAAAGGUGUUACAUUACAAGGAAACGAAUUCAUAUAAGUGAAGACUUGUUUUCGAAUCCUAUGUAUCAUUUGCUUAUAUGUAUCUAAUUGUAUGUAUGCAUGUACUCGUAUAUACUCAUUGUAAUCGAAAUAAAUACUGUUCAAACCAAAUGUGUUACAUCACGAUACUAAUCUUUGUCUCUUCUCAUUGUUAAGCAAUCAUUGCCCUGAUAUAUAUCAAGUGUCCAUUACUGUCGCCAUAUAUGCAUAUGUAUGUAUUUGCCACAUGGGUCAAUGAUAAAUAAAAUCUUUGAAUAAAAAUCUUUGCAUUAAUACUGAGAACAUCUUUAUUGUAAAUAGUGGUAUACUUUUAGCUCUACGUUUCUAAAUGAUACUUCCGUGUAUAGUUGUUCAUCCUCCAUAACAAUCUAUGUUUCAUGGAAAAAAAAAAACAAACAAUUAUUUCAUUCAAACAUGCUUACUCGUAUAUAUUUGUAUAAAAUCACAUGACAAUAUUUAAAUGUAUAUGUUUUGUAUAUAUUUCAUGACAAAAAUAAACUGUACAGUUUACGUCAAUAAAAUAUUUGAUUACUAAAUAUUACAGUGUGUAAAAGUUCAU